GUGGAGUGUCGACGUAAUAUAUUUGUGAAGGAAAAGAGAAGAAUAUGAUUGUCAAGCGGCACUUGAUCUUCAUCCUUUACAGCCUCUGUUCAAGCGUCUUUCAAGUGGCUGGGACAAAAAGCAAAGCGAAAGGUAGCCAAGGUCAGUUCCCCAUAACUCAGAAUGUGACGGUGGUGGAGGGGGGCGCAGCCAACAUGACCUGCCGUGUGGAUUACAAUGAUAACACUUCCCUCCAGUGGUCAAACCCUGCACAACAGACCCUAUUCUUUGGGAACAAGAAAGCUCUGAGGGACCACAGAAUCGAACUGGUGCUCGCCUCGUCACAGGAGCUCAUCAUCAGAAUCAGUGACGUCAGCCUGUCGGACGAGGGCCAGUACACCUGUUCGCUCUUCACCAUGCCUGUCAAGACCACUAAGGCCUUUCUCACAGUUCUGGGAGUGCCAGGACGACCAGAGAUCACAGGAUUCACCAACCCUGCCAUGGAGGACGACGUAAUCACCCUGACCUGCACCACACCAGGCAGCAAACCAGCUGCCAAUAUCCGGUGGUUCCGAAAUGACAAGGAGGUCCAAGGCACUAAAGAGGUGAAUGCAACAGGAAAAUCCUUCGCAGUGAGGAGUAGCCUCCAGUUCCAGGUGGACAGACGGGACGAUGGCAUCGCCUACACCUGCAGCGUGGAGCACGUGUCAUUGCCGAAUCCCUACAUGACAACUGAGGUCCUGGAGGUCCACUAUGCUCCCCAUCUGGAGAUCGCAUAUUCACUGAUUAUUCCACAGGAAGGACACUACUUCAAAUUGGAGUGUGUGUCCAUAGGCAACCCAAUACCUGAACCGGUGCUGUGGUCUAAGGAUGGAGGAGAGCUGCCAGACAUCGAGCGUAUGAUUGUGGAGGGCAGGGAACUAACCAUCACCACACUUAAUAAAACAGACAAUGGCACAUACCGCUGCGAGGCCAGCAACCACCUGGGGACCAGCAGUGCUGAAUAUAUACUGUUUGUAUAUGAUCCUAAUGCCUUAGGACCACAUGGACCUGACCACGCCUUAAUUGGUGGUGUUGUUGCAGUUGUCGUCUUCAUCACCUUGUGUCUGAUAAUAGUUCUUGGACGAUAUCUGGCCAGACAUAAAGGGACCUAUCUAACACACGAGGCCAAGGGAGCAGAGGAUGCCCCGGACGCAGACACAGCGAUCAUCAAUGCUGAAGGAAACCAUGUGCAUGCAGAGGAAAAGAAAGAAUACUUCAUUUAGGCUUCUUGUUCUCUUUUCCCUUGUUUCAUAACAACUUUUGACAGCAGACAUGCAAAUUAAGCUACGUCAGCAUCAUGAUCUGUUUUAAUUUACUUAUUAUUAUUUUGUCUUCUCCAGAAAGCUCGUGCUUGGAUACAUUUACUUUCAAAACAGUCGCUGACACUAUAGCCUUCUCCUUUUGUAAACAAUGUAAACCUUGUAAAAUUAGAUUGUUUCCAUUUCAGUUGUAUGGUGCCUCAAUGCUGUAUACUUUUCUGCACUUCUUCAAACGCUUGCAUUAACUGUUUUCUUGACUCUCUCUUACUUUACCUGUUCAGGUAUCAAUGGAUUUCUAAUUCAGAAUCAACAGGAGAUGAGUUCAACUCAAGUUUGAGUUAAGUCUUAGCUUUUUAAAAGGUUUUGCUUUAAGAGUGGAUGUUAAAUCGAUGAACAGGAUUAAACAGUGGUGUUGGAUGUUGCCUGGAGUUUACACAGCCAUACUGCAUACGUUCAAAAAAAGUAUAAAAUUGACCGAACACUUUGACGAAACAAAACAUUGAAGCACAAUCUAUGUGAUUGUCUGUAGAAUCAACUCCCUCUUAUCACUGUCUGUAUAUUUCUGCAUUGAUUUACUUUUGGUUUUCACUCAUGCUGUUUUGUACCAAUAGAGAAAAAGUUCGAAAAUGUAAGCACAAAGUCUGAGGACUAACAUGGAGGGAAAAUACAUCUACUGUUUCUUGUCUCAGGAUUCAAUAUGAGUCUAGAUGGAGAGAUGGUGUCAGACAGGUGAUGAAGAUUUCAGUACACUUGCAGUUAUUGUCAUGGAAAAAUAACUUUAAUUUCGGUUGGCGAUUUGAUGUAAGAUCCUAACUGAACGAGUGGAACCUAGUGGGGGUUCAUUAUUUAUGUUGACUUUUAUUGAACAACUAUGCUCAAUGGAUAUUGCUGUAAAAUACUUUGCUAACGUGAAUAUUGGUGAACAAUAUUGUUGAAUCUUGAGAUCCCUGACAUAUUACAAUUUGUAUAUUAGCAUAUACAGUAUUUAAAGUAUUCCACAAGUCUUAACUGUUUUGUUGCAUUUAUCUAACUGGAGGUUGUUUUGCCAGGUGACAUGUAAAUAAUGUGUAAGUAUUACAUUUUAGUAAAAGAUAAAACUCUGGUUGUAGAUUUUAAUUUCAGGUCUCAUCAGUUCCCAUCACACUGAAAUAAUUUUCACAAUUUGGAAAACUUUUUUUUCAAACAGGGAUUCUAAGGAAUUGCUUACAAUUUAAAAAUAUAUAUAUUCUGGUCAAUAUAUGUAUUUAUUAUUAUUAUUGAUUGACAUUUAUUAUAUAAUACUAUAUUGAUUGAUAUUAUUGAUGUUAUUACUAAAAUAGUUGUCGGACAUUAACUUUUCCAUUUUUAAAUUCUGUAAUUUAUCAUUAAUAAACAAUACAAGGAUCACCGUUAUGGCCUUUGAGUUUACUGCAAACAGUACUAAUGUCGAGGCAUUGGUGUAUCAGACAUGUCCUCACUGUAUAUAGUCACUGUAUCAAAGACAUUGAACCACAUUGCCAAUGCUCAUACAUGUUAUUUUGUUAGUUCGGUAUGAUGCUAUAAAUAACUAAUUUUGUACAAAGUUUUAAUCGCUGUAAUUAAUUUGCUUUUUAUGGGGGAUGUGUGAGGUUUGCUUUUUUCUCAGUAUUGAAUAUUCAUUUUUCAACUAUGCCACUGUAAAAAAAGAAAAAAGAGAGACAAAGUGCAGAUUAAAAUAUGAACAACUUGAAAACUG